CAUCCACAAAGCACCAGGACACCUUCCUCCUCUCUCCCCACACCCCACUUCCGUUCGGCGAAACAGAAAACCCAACGGGAGAAGGAGAUGGAACCAGCCACGGCCGCCGGAAAGUCCCCUGAUCCGAUGCCGUUGCCGCCCCCGGAGGGUCCAUCGCCGGUGGGGACCUCCUCAUCCUCCGCCUCUGCCCCGGGUACGCAGGCGCCGGCACCGGCGCCUCCGGGGGCGCGGGAGGUCGCGGCGGCGAUGGAGGCGGUGGAGCGGGACGCCGCCGCCAUCGCCGAGAGCUACGCGUCCCUCUUCGCCUCCCUCCGCGUCGCCCUCUCGAAUGUCACCUCGACGUCGGCGGAGAACAUGGAGUGCUUGGGCGACGUCGUCGGCCGCCUCCAGGAAUCUGCACUUGAAGCAUCUUCAAAAGGAAAUAAAUACAUCAAUUCGUGCUUGAGGUUAAAUGAGGAAAUGAGAGGCUUGGAAGGCCUUGCUAUGCAACUAAAGAUACUACGGAAGAAUGUUGAUUCAUUAGAUUUGGCUGUCAAUCAGUUGCUCCGCCUCCCCUAGUCCAUGAAUAUUAUCAGUAGUUCAUAUAAGGUUGUAAGGAAAUUGAUACACCAAAUACAUGCCAAGUGUUUUAGUUCCGAGGCAACCAGGUGGUGGAAUAUGAAGGGGCUUAUACCAACAAAGGAUGACUUUUCCCUUCCAUGGCAUGAUAAAAUACUCCUAACUCUUGAUUUGAUUUAUGCUUCCAUCUUAUGUGUAUUUGUAAAAAUACAUGCCAAGUGUUUUAGUUCCGAGGCAACCAGGUGGUGGAAUAUGAAGGGGCUUAUACCAACAAAGGAUGACUUUUCCCUUCCAUGGCAUGAUAAAAUACUCCUAACUCUUGAUUUGAUUUAUGCUUCCAUCUUAUGUGUAUUUGUAAACAAUGCUAUGCAAGUAUGCAUUUAUUGAAAAAUAUCUUUGUCUUCUUGUGAUGUGUACAUGGAGUUAUGUUUGUAAAUGGGUCAUUCAGCCCAUGGACUAUCUCUUUAAAUUGGGGAUAUAUGGCACCAAAGGUUUUCCUGUUAUAUCUUCGCUCUGCCGUUCCUUA